AAACACUACAGAAAUUUCAAAAGCAGAAAAACAUUCAAACCAAAACAUUUCAAUUUCCCAACUUUAACUCCCACCGACACUGCCUUUUCCUAAUACCAAAAACAAGCACAUUGGUCCCACUGCCCCUCAAUCAAAAGCUUCUUUUCUACUCUUUACUUAAUCUAAUCAACUUCCUAAUUUAUUUAAAAGCAAAUACCAUCUUCAUCUUCCUUCUUCAUUCAUCCAUUCUUUCUUUUUUUUUUUUUUUCUGUGGUUUUUUGUGCUUUAGCACUUCUUAAAGAUGCUUCCUCUUCCACCUGCACCUCCACAAACACCUCCUUUUUCAACCCCACCACAAAGGCAUGCCACGCCAGUAUCUCUGAAUCAGAUUAUCAUAUCAAAACCGGCAAUGAAUCUAGCAACACCAGUACCUAAGAAGCCAAAUAGUGACACAGAAAAGCUAAUAAAGCACACGAUACUCAGGCAAACUCAGCCUCGCAAGACCAACCCUUUAAUAUGGUGCGGUGCUAUUUUCUGUCUUAUAUUUAGUCUCCUCCUUAUUUUCUUUGGAAUUGCAACUUUAAUCAUCUUCCUUGUUGUAAGACCAAAAAUCCCAUUGUUUGACAUCCCCAAUGCUAACCUUAACGCCAUCUACUUCGACUCACCAGAAUACUUCAACGGUGACUUCAUUUUCCUAGCAAACUUCUCCAACCCGAAUCGGAAAAUUGAUGUAAGAUUCGAGUAUUUGGAUCUAGAGCUCUACUUUUCUGACAGGCUCAUAUCAACUCAAGCUCUACAGCCUUUCACUCAAAGACCUGGAGAAACAAGGUUGGAAUCAAUUCACCUGGUAUCAAGCUUGGUUUAUUUGCCUCAGAAUCACGCUCAUGAACUUCGAACACAGGUUCAAAGCAACAAGGUUAACUACAACAUGAGAGGGACUUUUAAAGUUAGAGCCACGCUGGGUAUGAUCCAUUUUUCCUACUGGUUGCAUAGUAGAUGCCAGUUGCAGAUGACAGGUCCACCAACUGGUGCUUUAGUUGCCAGAAGUUGCAGAACAAAGAGAUGAAAAUUUAUGAUACAUAAUUUCUUUUUAUCUUUUUUUCUCCUUCAAUUUCUUCUGUUUAGGUUUAAGUACUAAUGGAAUUUCUGGAGCGUAAACAAAUAUUUGACUAUAUAUCA